AUUAACAUUUGCGACCAUUUUCCGGGGCCAUUCUGCCUAGUGCGUUGGUGCAAGCCCGUAUUGAGGUCCACGCAAUGCGCCUGUCCAUUUUUAACAAUGCCCCGGCUCAUGCUUGCAUGCAUGAGCGUUCUAGAGUAUGGCGUGCAUGCAUAAGCUCGCGGCGGGCCUCAGGGCCGCACACCAGGGCCGUAGCCCGGAGGGGUCGGAACUCGCACCUGCAGGUGCAGGCGAUUGGCUUUGAUUUUGGCGAUAGCGACGGGAGUUCCCGCGGGGCGCCCCCAACCAAGCGCGGCAGCAAGAUCAACAGCCUAGGCGCGCUGGCGGCGUCGCUGCUGGUGUAUGGGCACGUGAUGAAGGGCGCGGUGGGCGAGGCGUAUCUUGCGGCUCUGGCUGUCACUCAGAAGUACCAGGCCACGGGCAAGGAGGUGCUGUCGGCGUACGGCCGCUUCUACGGCCUGCUGCUCACGGCCGGGUACGACAACUUCCAGGACUACAUCCUGGAUCAGAUCCUGUUGGGCCGCGACAACGCCUUCGCGCGGGCGGUGGCUCAGGGCACUCUGGAGGCGGGGGCGCCGGUGCUGCGGGCCGUGGCGUACGACCUGGACGUGCUGCAGGAGCUGGCGCUGCCGCUGCCGCAGGUGGCCGAGAUGAUUGCGGACGCGGCGCCGGCGGCGGGUCCUUACUGGCUGGAGGGCGCCUCCUCCAUCUCGGUCAAAAAGGCCAAGAAGGCGCUGCCGGCCGGCGCGGGCGCUCUGGAGGACGUGAUUGCCAUCGACCCUCACACGCCAUCGCGCUUCAUCGGGCGGCCGCCCUCGGAGCAGGAGCUGGCGGCUUGGAAGGCGGCGAUUAGCGGCAAGGAGGCCUGGGGCGAGGCGGUGCCGCUGCUGCAGCAGUUCUACCACCUGCACGGCUUCGGCAUCACCUCCCGCAACUCCACCCUCAGAUGGGUCAAGGGGGCGUUCGAGGAGGGCCCGGACGGCUCCGCCGCCGCCGCGCUGGCCCCGCUGUCCGUGCUGGACGCCGCCCGCGCCUCUCUGGACGCCAACACGGCGGCGCACUGCGAGGGCCGGCCCGCCUACCACGCCCUGGUGGCUGGGCCCAGCGGCAGCGGCAAGAGCUCGCUGCUGUGGGACUACACACUGGCGGCGGGCAAGGACCGGGGGCUGCGGCUGGUGGACGUGUCGGGCGCCGAGCUGAGCAACAUCCUGGAGGUGGCGCGGGGCUGCGGCCGCUACCCGCGCCUGCGCUUCGUGCUGGUGGCGGACCACGUGGACUUCCCAGUGCGGGGUGCGGCGGCGGCGGAGCUGUGCAGCGGCCUCAGCGGCAGUGGGCCCAGCGGCUGGCCUGCCAACACGCUGCUGUACAUGGGCGCCUCCGCCUCCUCCGCGCUGAGCUUCGACCCCGUGGUGAACCGGUUCGGCCUCAUCCUCACCACCAAGGACCUGGACGCGGAGGGCUUCGCCACCACACUUCGCCAGGUGGCGGGCGAGGACGGCGCCAAGCUGACAGAUGAAGACGUGGCGUACGCGGCCGAGUGGGCCAAGAAGCAGGCGGGCGGGCUCAGCAUCCGCAGCGCAGUGCACUACGUGCGGCGUGCGCGGGUAGCCAGUGCGUAGCGCGGAGCCGCGGACAAGCAUUGUUUCUUCCAGGGGAGGACCUCCCCUGGUUUCUUCCCUUUCCUUCUGUAGUCGACUGGCGGCGACAGGUCCAGGGGGGGGCCAGGGGGAGGGCCAGAGCCGCAGUUGUGAGCGUGGCCGGGCCGAGGGUCACACAGCGGCUGGUGCAGGAGUAACGUGGGCGCGUCAGGCUGUGUGCAUGGGCACGCGAUACAGCGCAAUGAUCUUGGUAUGCGUCAGUACGCGUCCAUGCGAAGGCCCGCGCGUGCUGUCUGAUACAAGUAAGUAUCUUGUGCUCCUGGUGCUACUUGUACCACAAGACCAGUUGGCUGAAGAACACAUCGCCGGAACGCGGCAGUACCCCCGCGCUGGAGGUUGACAGCUCUGAACUUCGUUUUACAAAUCAGUGCCCUAGACACUAUGGCCGGAGUACAGUGCCGCCCUGCGCCGGAGCUCAUUUCAAAAGAUUCC